AUGAGUGUCAUUGUUCUACUGUUCUUCAGUGUAGUACUCCAAAUAAACGGACAGUACCCUAGUUUUCCUGAUUGUCAAGCGGGUGUUUUAGCAUCAUUUCCGAUAUGUAAUCAGUCGUUAACUUCACGUGAACGAGCAGCUGAUCUAAUCAAUCGAAUGACUGUUCUUGAAAAAAUAUCUCAAAUGAUUACGACAGCCGAAGGCGUGCCUCGCCUUGGUUUACCAAAAUACGAAUGGUGGUCGGAAGCUCUUCACGGUCUCGCCUAUUCUCCUGGUGUAUUCUUCGGUGGCGAUCUGCCUGCCGCAAGUUCUUUUCCGAUGCCUAUCAACCUCGGUGCAACGUUUAAUAUGCGUCUCGUACAUCAAAUCGCGAGUAUCAUUUCAACAGAAGCACGUGCUUUUAACAACGAGGGUCGGGCCGGUCUUACUUUCUUCACACCGAACAUCAAUAUUUUUCGCGAUCCACGAUGGGGUCGCGGACAAGAAACCCCGGGUGAAGACCCAUUUUUAACAUCUCAAUAUGUCUAUGCACUUAUUCAAGGUUUGCAACGUGGUGAUGAUGAACGAUAUUUGAAAAUCGCGGCGAAUUGUAAACAUUUCGAAGCGUAUGAUUUAGAAAAUUGGAAUGGAACCGAUCGACAUCAUUUCAAUGCUAUUGUUUCCGAUCAAGAUCUCGUUGAAACCUAUUUACCACCAUUUAAAAGCUGCAUUCAAGAUGCUCAAGUAGCUAGUAUCAUGUGCAGUUACAAUUCAAUCAAUGGCAUACCUGCUUGUGCUCAUCAAUUCCUAUUGGAAACCAUCGCGAGAGAAUCAUUCCAUUUGAAUGGUUUCGUGGUCAGUGAUUGCAAUGCGAUUUCGGAUAUUCUACAUACACAUCAUUAUACAUCAACACCUGAACAAACAGUUGCAGUCGCGUUACGAGCUGGUACCGAUCUCGAAUGCGGUGUUUUCUAUCUAUUUCAUAUGAAUGAUGCAUUGCAACGGAAGUUAAUCAAUGAAACAGAUAUUACUCAAGCCUUGAUGCGUACGUACGACGUACUGAUCCGACUCGGUUGGUUUGAUCCACCGGAACAACAAGUUUAUCGACAAUUGAAUAAGAAUAAUGUCGAUACGGCAGAAGCAAGACAACUCUCACUCGUCAGUGCACAAGAAAGUAUCGUUUUACUGAAAAAUAUCAAUGGUAGUUUACCUCUGGACUUAAAUCAAUUAACAAAUAAAAGAAUUGCUCUUAUUGGACCAACAGCCGAUGCUACAAUACAAAUGCAAGGUAUUUAUCAUGGCCGUGCACCAUUUCUCAUUGACCCACUGACAGGAUUCAAAAACAUCACAGCAGGUAAACCUAUAGAAGUAGACUAUGCACGCGGUUGUGGAAUAUCAAGUCACAGUGAACGAGACUUCGCUGCAGCUGUUCGUUUAGCUCAAUCAUCUGAUAUUGUGAUUUUCUUCGGUGGAAUCGAUCAUACAAUCGAACGAGAAAGUGUCGAUCGACAAUCUAUCGCAUUACCUGAUAUCCAACUUUCCCUCAUACAAGAACUAGAAAAGGUCGCUCGUUCACCUUUACACGUCGUCAUUAUGUCAGGCAGUAGCCUAGAUCUCUCGUAUAUUCGAGAUUCAGUACGUUGUGCUAGUCUUAUCUGGAUGGGUUACCCUGGUCAAUCGGGUGGAUUAGCAGUAGCAUCAGUUGUCUUUGGACAAUAUAAUCCCGCUGGUCGUUUACCGAUAACCUUCUACCCGGCAUCGUAUGUCAAUGAAGUAAGUAUGUUUAAUAUGCAACUGCGCCCAUCAGUGAACAGUCCUGGUCGAACGUAUAAAUUCUAUACUGGAAAAGCUAUAUACGAAUUCGGAUAUGGUCUGUCUUAUACAACAUUUAAUUAUACGUGGGAUAAUAGAACGUUCAUUUCCGCUUAUUCGAUUCAAUCUAUUACGAAGCAGAUCAAUCGACAAGAAAAGACGAUCAUUUCUUCGAUCCGGAUCAACGUUACAAACACGGGUGUAAUGAAUGGUGAUGACGUGGUGUUAGCUUAUGUCACACCACCGAAUGUGUCUUCGGAGCAAGUCCCGCCUUUCAAACAAUUGUUUGGCUUCGAACGAGUUUAUUUGAAAGUAAAUGAAACAAAAGAGGUGUGUUUCGCAUUUACAGUUGAAACAGCGUUGUUAGUUGCACACAACGCAUCGAAAUGGUUGCAUUCAGGCUCAUAUCGUAUCAUGAUUGGACAGCAGCACAUUGGUGUAAUUCAACUCCAAGGUCAGACUAUUCGAUGGGUCUGA